GAGCUGCAGCCGGGGCUGAGCACGCCGCGCAGUGAUCGUCUCCUUAUUAAAGGAGGGAGGAUAGUCAACGAUGACCAGUCAUUCUAUGCUGACAUUUACAUGGAGGAUGGCCUCAUAAAGCAGAUUGGAGACAAUCUGAUUGUCCCUGGAGGGGUCAAAACCAUAGAAGCCAAUGGGAAGAUGGUGAUCCCUGGAGGAAUCGAUGUCCACACUCGCCUGCAGAUGCCAUACAAGGGGAUGACAGCUGUGGAUGAUUUCUUCCAAGGAACGAAGGCGGCCCUGGCUGGUGGAACCACCAUGAUCAUGGACCACGCGGUGCCGGACCCCGAGUCCAGCCUGGCGGAGGCCCUGGAGCGGUGGUGUGCGUCUGGCAUGGAGAUCAACGGGAGCGUCUUCAGAGACCCCUGCCCACUGUAUGAGAUAUUCAGCUGCUUGGCAGAGCUGGGUGCCAUAGCUCAAGUUCAUGCUGAAAACGGGGAUAUAAUUGCACAGGAGCAAACCAGGAUGUUGGAGAUGGGAAUAACUGGCCCUGAGGGCCACGUGCUGAGCAGACCUGAGGAGCUGGAAGCAGAAGCUGUCUUCCGGGCCAUCACUAUUGCCAGCCAGACCAACUGUCCUCUCUACGUGACUAAAGUGAUGAGCAAAAGUGCUGCUGACCUCAUCUCGCAAGCCAGAAAAAAAGGCAAUGUGGUGUUUGGUGAGCCGAUCACGGCCAGUCUCGGGACCGACGGAACGCACUACUGGAGCAAGAACUGGGCCAAGGCUGCGGCAUUUGUGGUCUCUCCACCCCUGAGCCCAGACCCAACAACUCCUGACUACAUCAACUCCCUCCUGGCCAGCGGUGACCUGCAGGUUUCAGGGAGUGCCCACUGUACCUUCAGUACCGCACAGAAAGCAAUUGGGAAGGACAACUUCACGGCGAUCCCAGAAGGCACCAACGGCAUAGAGGAGCGAAUGUCUGUCAUCUGGGACAAGGCGGUGGCCACAGGAAAGAUGGAUGAAAACCAGUUUGUGGCUGUGACAAGCACUAAUGCUGCAAAAAUCUUCAACCUGUACCCACGGAAAGGGCGAAUAGCAGUGGGCUCGGACAGCGAUCUGGUUAUAUGGGAUCCUGAUGCAGUGAAGAUCGUCACAGCAAAAACCCACCAGUCUGCAGCUGAAUACAACAUUUUUGAAGGGAUGGAGCUACGUGGGGCCCCGCUGGUUGUCAUAUGCCAGGGGAAGAUCGUGCUGGAGGAUGGCAACCUGCAUGUGACCCAGGGGACUGGACGCUUCCUGCCCAGCAGCCCAUUCCCUGACUAUGUCUACAAGCGCAUCAAAGCCAGGAGGAAGAUGGGGGAGAUGCACGCCGUGCCCCGGGGCAUGUAUGACGGACCCGUGUUUGACCUGACCACCACGCCCAAGGGGGGCACCCCUGCGGGGUCAACCAGGGGCUCCCCGACGCGGCAGGCACCCCCGGUCAGGAACCUCCACCAGUCUGGAUUCAGCCUGUCGGGUACCCAGGUUGAUGAAGGUGUUCGCUCAGCGAGCAAGCGCAUCGUUGCGCCUCCGGGAGGCCGCUCCAACAUCACCUCCCUGAGUUAAACGUCCCUGCCGAGAAGGAAACAGAAUCCUGUUCAAGCGAAGGAAGAAAAAUGGUACAUUGGUGUUUAAGAAGGAAAAGCAAAUAAACCUGUUCUGAAGAAUCAAUAAGCCUCAAGCCUUAUGUUUCACAAAUGCUACUUGCUACCUAGCUUUAAAGAUAUUGCUUCAUUUUGUUUUAUGCAUAGCCUUAAAAUUCUGUUGUUGUUGUUGUGGGUUCGGUCGGGUUGUGUUUUUCCUCUUCCUUUCUGUAUGCAUGCUGCUCAGACAGGUCGCUCGGUUCAGUGUGUUAUUCGUGUGGAAAGCGUGCGGCAUGCCGCAAUGUGGGACAGCGGCAAGGACCCGGCGUGGGCCCACCGGCCAGGCAGG